AUGCAGCAACCGGCGGCACGGUCAUCACCCGCAUCGUCAACGAGGAGUAGCAAUGCCACUCCUACAGCCACUAUCGGCGCUGGCUCACAGGGAAUGACCGGUACGUCAAACCGACCCGGAAGCUCUGCAUCAACAGGAACGUCGCAGCCGAAUAGGCAGACGGCUUCACAGCCUGCACAGCCGGCACAGACUCCUCGGCCCCCUACGCCACAAAACGGCUACACAGUUGCCCAGAUCUUUCAAUUUCAAGAAUGGCAACCGCGCGAACAGGAUUUGCCGCCACGAUUGAAUGAGACCCAGCCGAUUAGUUUGUUUUGGUUUGCAGACAAACACCUCGCAAAGGCCGUUGCAGGCCUGCAGAAAGUCCGCGACAUAGAUUCGGAGAGCUUCAAACGCCGAAACGAGCGCGUCCACCGCGCCCAGUCUCUCCUUCUGGAGACAAUUUACCUAAUCUACACCGACAUGGACGAAGACAUGAAAGCGUCUCGUCAAUACCGUCGCCAACUGCCCGCGGAUGAUCAACGCGAGCUCGAGGGUGGGUUCUCCGAGAAUAUCCUCUUUGCCGCCCAGGCAUUGAGCCGCGGAUUCCGCAUUCGGGGGAUCGAGGAGUAUACGGCGGAGCUGUAUGAGCCAGCCCGACAGUUACAUUCUGCAAUAGAGAUGUUGCGAGCGGCAUUUACAAGACGGGCAUUGGCGUGUUCUAGCCCGCCGUAUUUUGAUUUGUACCCCGUUAUGAAGGAAUUUGAUACGGCGUGGACGCUAUUUGAGCAGAAGAUAUGCUUCUGCUACUUUUCGGUGACUUACGGGGGACGCGCGGGACGAGCGGAGGAGUUGGACAUGUUCCAGGUUUUGAUGUCCGAGACCAUCAUCCGCGCGGUACAUUGCGGCUACAUUACUUGGCCGCAGGUACAUACAUUCGAUCCCGUUGUCAUCUUUGCUGUGCCGCGUCUCUGUAUCGUCUCCGCCCUGCAUCACAUGCCCGAUUGCGUGAAUAUAACCGAUCCCGACCGCGGGCUUCGCUGGUUCAAAAACAAAGUCCCUCUCCUACAGCAGAUACAGAAAGAAUUGAGGAUGCUUGGAGAGGAGCAACUGUCGCUUCUAGAGAAGAUGCUCGCUGACUCGGACGCCGGGCACGAUGAUGCCGGGGGAGAGAAGGACGUUGUCGAGGUGCAAAUAUCGUCGGCCGCGGAAGGACGGGACGGGCCAUUGAGGGCCCUGAGUGCCGGCAGCUCGCAAUUGACGAUGGGCGGUGAGGCCGGCCAUGUUGCGCAGGCCGAAGGAAAGGAGUCUCACGCCGGACGCGACGGCACCGGAGCGUCUCAAAACGCGUCGCCGUUGGCGGACUCCGCAACCCAGACCGACUUCAAGAUAUCUCACGGUACUCAAACAUCGGACCUUCCGCUGCACAAGCUUCCCACAACUUCCACACCUCCACCCGCCGCAGCCACAAAAGCCGCCGUCCAGCCGCUCUUCCGCGACAUCUGCCGAGUGGCAGACGAUCUGCAGUCCGGUCCGCAAGCGCGCGACUUUGUCGGCAUCUUGCACAAGGUGUUCUCCAUGCACCAGGAAGAAAGUGAAGAAGCAAAAAAGGACGACAAGAAACGUUCGCAUCAUCACCAUCGUCACGGAUCGCAUGCGGGUGCUAGCGGUGCAGGGUCAAGCAGUGGUUCGAGGAGCGGUGGACUGACGGGUGGGAAGACCACCGUCGCCGGCGGUGGUGCGUCGUCGUCAUCGCAAGCAGCGGGACCGUCGUUUUCAUCUGCCGCAGGCCCGAGUGGAAGCGGUGCGAUGGCAGGUUUGACCGGGCGUCGAGCGAUGGAUGAUGCCGCCAACGCUGCUGCCACAGCUCUUGACCCUGCUCCUACCAGAAGCUCGAGUCGGGCCAAUCAACUCCCGCGGCCUUCGGCGACAGGUUCGGCGAGGGUUACUGCCACUCAAUAA